AUUUAGUUGUUUUGUAGUAUAAUAAAAUGGCUACCGAAGAAAGUAUAGAAGGGCAGCCGAAAGAAGUAGUUCGCCUCAAGCGCGAAUUGGGUCUGUUUUCGGCUAUCAAUUUAAUGAUAGCUGUUAUGAUAGGAUCAGGUGUAUUUGUAUCUCCAUCUUCAACAUUAGAACAUACUGGAUCAGUAGGAAUGUGUUUAAUUGUAUGGACUGCAUGCGGAAUCAUCUCAAUGUUUGGUGCCUUGGCAUUUGCUGAACUCGGAACAAUAAUCCCUCGAUCGGGUGCUGAAUAUUCUUACUAUAUGGAUUCGUUUGGUCCUUUACAUAAAUUCUGGGGCAGACUUCCUUCAUUUAUUUACUCUUGGGUUUUAAUAUUUAUUACGAAACCCGCAGAAGUCGCUAUAAUAAUUUUAACAUUUUCGGAAUACUUGUGCCAACCAAUUUUCGAUGUAAUGUGUAUACACAAUUCGGAAGACAGCGAAAGAGUCAAAAAAGCAGUAGCUUUGUUGGCUUUAGGAUUGAUUACUUACAUAAACAUGUCUAGCGUGAAACUGUAUGUUAAAAUACAAAAUAUUUUCGGAGGUUGCAAAAUUAUCGCUUGUCUUGUUGUGAUUUUCGGGGGGCUGUAUGAGCUAAUAAUUGAAGGUAACACAUUUAAUUUAACUAAAGGAUUUCAAGGAACAAAAUAUUCUUCAAAGGAUAUAGCUCUUGCUUUCUACAGUGGAUUAUGGGCGUACGAUGGCUGGUCUGCCGUAACAUUUGUUACCGAAGAAAUUAAAAAACCCGAAAUCAAUAUUCCUAGAAGUAUAAGUAUAAGCGUACCUAUCAUUACAGCAUUAUAUGUUUUUAUGAACGUGGCAUAUAUGUCGGUGUUAUCUAUACCCGAAAUAAUGAGUGCCAAAGCUGUUGCUGUAACGUUUGGAGAAAGAGUUCUCGGGCCGAUGGCCUUUUUAAUACCUUUAGGUGUUGCUUUAUCUACAUUUGGAUGUGCUUUAAGUAUCCAGUUUGGAGUUACAAGAGUAUGCUAUGUAGCUGGUCAAGAUGGCUUAAUGAUGAAAAGCUUGUCAUUUGUGCACCAUAAAAAACUGACACCAUCUGUUGCCGUAGUUUUACAAGGAGCAAUAACUCUGCUAUGUAUUAUUGCUGGCGAAAUAGUACAACUAAUAGAAUUUGUAAGUUUUCUGGUAUGGUUGUUUUAUGCUUUAGCAAUGGUAUCCUUGCUGGUUCUACGUAAAACCAAAAAAGAUGUGCACAGACCCUAUAAGGUGCCUUCAUGGAUCGCCGUAUUUUUCUUAUUAGCAGUAAGUUGUCUGACCACGAUUCCAAUAAUAAUGGAUUCUUCGCCUAAAUACUUGUUUGGUUUGGGUUAUGUACUAACAGGAGUAUUCGUAUAUUAUUGGUUUAUUUACAAAAAGAAUAUUCCGAAGUCUAUUAUCAGAAAAGCCACGCGUUUUGCACAAAUAUUGUUUGAGGUGGUACCCCCGGAUUGCUUUAACCGAAAAUUGUAACACUUCAUAGAAUGUCUUUUCGAUUUAUUGUACCUUGUAUUUUCCACGAUGGGCAAACAUCAUUAUUUAUUA